AUGAAGGCCCGUGCCACCUCUGCCGCCAUCGUGGAAGCCAUCGGAACCACCUCCGGCCCUCUGGUGCUCCGGUCCACCAUAGUCAGGAGAAUUGAUGUAGAUGGUUGCAAACGUUUCAGUUAUGGAAAAUCUUCAACCAAACACAACUGUACCAUCAUGGUCCUCGGAGCGACUGGUGCUGGGAAGUCAACCCUCAUCAAUGGGAUGAUCAACUAUAUCCUCGGUGUUCAGUUUGAGGACUCAUAUCGAUUCAAGUUAGUUGAUGAAGACGCGUCCAAAUCACAAGCUCACAGCCAGACCUCUGAGGUUACUGUGUACAAACUCAACCACGAGGAGGGUUUUACAGUCCCCUUCUCCCUGACCAUUGUGGACACUCCAGGGUUUGGGGACACGAGAGGCAUAAGCAGAGACAGGGAGAUAGUCGAGCAGCUGCGGAAUCUCUUCUCUUCUGAUUCUGGAGUCACUGAAAUCGACGCCGUUUGCUUUGUAGCUCAGGCCUCCUUGGCACGUCUCACAGCCUCUCAGAAAUAUGUGUUUGAUUCAGUGCUGCCAAUCUUUGCCAAAGAUGUGGCAGAAAACAUCAGGAUCCUGGUGACAUUUGCAGAUGGUCAACGUCCACCAGUCCUGGAGGCGAUCAAUGCUUCAGGUGUCCCAUGUCCCAAAUCCACAGACGGGCUGCCGAUUCACUUCAAAUUCAAUAAUUCAGCUUUGUUUGCAGACAACAAGUCCUCAGCGGCCAACAACACAGAUGGUGGUGAAGAUGGUGGUUUUGACAAGAUGUUCUGGGACAUGGGGGCAACAAGCAUGAAGAGAUUCUUUAAUGCUCUGAGCGUCAUAACCACCAAAAGCUUGAAACUGACCCAGGAGGUGCUCAGAGAGCGGCAGCAGCUUGAAGUUUCAAUCGAAAGUCUGCAGACUCGGGUUAAACUGGGGUUAGCAAAGAUGGAGGAGAUAAAUGAAACAGAGAAACAGCUCAAAGACUACGAGGCAGAAAUCAACAGAAACAAGGACUUUGAGUUCUAUGUUACUGUCAAGAAGCCCCAACAGGAGGAUAUCUCUGGAACUGGGAACUACCUCACCAACUGUCAGCAGUGCCAUGUCACCUGCUGUUACCCGUGUGGGCUGAAAGAGAUCGCGCUGAAGCCCAACCCUCUGUCCACUCCAGAGUACAUUGACAUGCUGAUUGAGGAAGAGAAAAGUGAAGGAAAACCUGGCUUUAAAGAACGAGUUAAGGCUCUGAUGGCCAUGAAGGAGAAAGCAGAUGUCAUGACCAAAUUAUCAAAAGGAGAGAAACUCCUGAAGUAA